AUGAAGAGCGGUCUCUCUUCUUCAUUUUCUUCAAGAAAGCUUCUGGUGGCGUUGGCGUUGGGGACUGUGGUUCUCCUACACCUCUUUCUGCCUGCAUGUGCUACCGGAAUUCCAACAACCACGGCGAAAGAGUCGACCCACCGGCGUCACAGUUGCGACGCGAUUUCACGGUCCAGCAAGAAGCUACGUUCUAUGUGCAUGGAGCUGCAGAGUGUCCCGCACAGUCCGUCACCGCCGCCGUCGCCGGAGGAUGAUAAGAUUGAUCCAAGAUUCGGCGUCGAGAAGAGACGGGUCCCUUCCGGGCCAAACCCUCUUCACAACUGA